UCUUGUGCCCAUCGUCACGUGACGGAAGUUAGCUUGUGUCGUGUAGAGUUGAGAUCAGCUGCCGCGAUCCUUUGGUGAAGUUGAUGCGUGUGACGCCGCUAUUGUCUUUAAGUCUGUUUGGUUUGGCUGUGAUGCUGUAACGCGAGACGUCGUGAACCGUUGAUUGAUAAAUGGAGCCGUACGGGUCGGACACGGAGGGGGACGAGCAAGAGACACCGCUGCUUCACCGGGGGCACGGAGACAAAGCCCAGGGAGGUAAAGGAAAAAGAUCUCAGGGGUUACUAAAGAGCUAACAAUAACGUUCCUCGUGAGUGUAAUUUCGGGUACGAUAUGUCAAAAAGCGAAGGAGAAACAAGAGCUCAACAACGAUACGCCCCGGCAUGCUGUUCAGCACGCUAUGGCCUGGCGCUGCUCUCCUCCUAUGGCUUCUUUGUGGUUUACUCCUUGCGGGUGAACCUCAGUGUGGCCAUGGUGGACAUGCUUAACAACACCCACCCGUCAAGCACCAACCACAGCGGCUCAGUGUGUCCUGCACAUGCCGACCCUGCACGGCCCAAACACAACCACACGGCCAGCGUGUACAACUGGGACUCUGAGACACAGGGCUGGAUCUUGGGCUCCUUCUUCUACGGCUACAUCCUGACACAGGUACCCGGGGGCUACCUGGCUGGCCGCUGCGGACCCAAGUGGCUGAUGGGCUUUGGAAUCCUGGGAACUGUAGUUUUUACAUUGCUCACCCCUGUGGCUGCUGACCUGGGUUCAAGCUACCUCAUCGCUGUCAGGGUGCUGGAAGGGAUAGGAGAGGGAGUCACCUUCCCUGCAAUGUACACCAUGUGGGCAACGUGGGCCCCACCCCUGGAGAGGAGCCGACUGCUCACAAUUUCCUACAUUGGAGCCCAGCUGGGGACGGUUAUAUCUCUUCCUCUCUCUGGCGAAAUCUGCUUCUACCUGGACUGGACUUACGUCUUCUAUGUAUUCGGUGCUGUUGGCCUGGUGUGGUUUGUCUUGUGGGCCUUUCUUGUCUUUGACAGCCCAAACACUCACCCACGGAUAUCCGAGCGGGAGAGACUCUACAUCAACACAUCACUAAAGAACGAGCUGUCCACAUCUGCACGUGAUAUCCCCUGGCAAGCCAUACUGACAUCCAUACCGUUGUGGGCCAUUGUUGUGGCCCACUUCUCCUACAACUGGACCUUCUACACCCUCCUCACCCUGCUGCCAACCUACAUGAAUGACAUACUGGGAUUUAGCAUACAGCAGAACGGGAUGCUGUCGGCUCUUCCUUACUUGGGCUGCGCUGUGAUGGCUGUGCUGAGUGGCCAGUUUGCUGAUUACCUGCGGGAAACCUGCCAGUACCCCACCGUCAACGUCAGGAAGGCCUUCACUGUUAUUGGCAUGAUUGGGCCGGCGGUGUUCCUGGUGGCAGCAGGCUACACAGGCUGUAACUACAUUUUGGCUGUGGCCUUCCUCACCGUCUCCUCCUCUCUGGGCGGAGUCUCGGCCUCUGGCUUCAACAUCAACCACCUUGACAUCGCUCCUUCGUAUGCAGGUAUUCUCCUAGGAAUCACCAACACCUUCGCCACCAUUCCUGGUAUGGUGGGACCAGUCAUAGCAAGAGAGCUCACCAAACACAACACCAUAGAAGAAUGGCAGACUGUUUUCUACAUCGCUGCCGCCAUCAACCUGUUUGGAGCGACCUUCUACACUGUGUUUGGUCGAGGAACGGUGCAGCCCUGGGCUGUCCAAGCAUCUUACUCUCAUGGAGAUUGAGGCAGAAUACAAGUACUAGACUCAUCCAGCUGACAAAUCUGAAUUAUCAAAUGGACAAGUCUCACUUAUGACUGCUAGUCAGCUGUUAGUUCGCACAGCUAACUAACAGCGAGUAACGGCCAUAUUACCCUCAAGGAUAUUCUUUACUGUGACCAUGAGGACCCAGAAGUCUGUUCACAGAUAACCCAACACUCAUGCCAUAGACCAGAGGCAAUUGCAGUUUCAGUGAGGUGAGGUGAAUAUUUCUUGGAGGCAAAAAUAGUCAUUUAGGAAAGAAUUAUGAGUAGUGUUUGCUUGUCACAGUUGAAAAAGGGAACUCCGAUAGUUAGGCAGGUAGUUACAUGUUACUAUGUUUGAUUUAAAGCUGAAAGGUCAACAAGACUAAGUUAGAAAAAUAGCUAUAGGCUAUUUAAGCCUUGUUGAUUGCCAAAUGUUAUGAAAACCAUUGUAAAUAAGCUAUGAAAGACUUUUGUUGAAAUUUAACAGCCUGGACAUGUGAUUGGUUAGACAUUUAAAGGUAAUUUCAAUAUUUUUACAACUGGCCCCAAUAUUUAUAUAUUUUACUGUGUACAUAAUUCAUACUUACCAAAAGUUGGAAUUGGUCCAUUAGAUCGUUGAGCCUUGUGCUCUGCAAUGUAAUCCCCUGGGGCAGCUCUGACAGUCAAAGUUACCUCCAGUAAAAGGGCUUUUUCUGCUACUCAGAGGAUGAGAUGGUUACUCCAAGUUUCUGACAACAUCACGGGAAGGAGCCCAAACCAGAAGUAGAAGUCUCACUCACAGCAUUGCGAGAGGUGAGUUGUUGCAGGAAGAUGACAGUGAAGCUGGAAAGAGUAAAACUACCAGCAAAAAUUUAUUUCCAAAGUUGUGGCUGUAUAUUUAGCUGAUUUCAGGGAACCAAAUGAGGCAACAACACACCUCCCAUGAGAUUCCAGAGCAGGACUUCUCCUCGAGCAAGACUUGUGCCUCUGGUUAAAUAAAAAUGGAUUUUACUGCUUAACAAAAAGGUCUCACUCUGUAGGGAUUCUUUGUUUAAUGUUGUCAGACACUCAGAGUCACAGUCUCAUCCUGUGAGUGGCAGAAAUCCAAUUUAAUGGAUGCAACUUCGGCAGUCAGAGUUGCCCUAAAUUAUCAUGUUGCAGCUAUUGCAGCUGUGCCACGACUGCUAGCUGAGGUGAUCCACUGGACCAAUUUCAAAACUUUUGGCAAGUACGAAUAAUUUACACACCAAAGUGUGUGAAUAUAGAGCCCAGGUUUAAAAAGGCCAGAAUUCCUCUUUAACUUAAUAGGUUCAGUUGGCAUUUCUGUCUCCAGAGCACUUCUGCUUUCAGUUUUAUUUACCCUUAAAUGCCACAGUAAAUCCUCUUUAGUUUAAUUGGCAUAGUAAAAAUUCUACAUCAUAAAGAAGGAUGUUUUCUUUCAUUUGUGCCUGUAAGAUUUGGGGUAACCAAAUGUGCUACUUUGCAUUUAGUGAGUGAAGGUAAGUGUCGUUUUUAAGGGUUGGCUAAAAACUAUAUGCACAUGUGAUGAGCCUUUUUUGAGACAAUGUUGUGACUGCACACUGUUGUUUUUAUGGGGGGAAAUGCCUUACAGUGAAACCUGUUUAAAAUGAUUUUAAAGCUCUUUGUCUUUUGUGCAAUUCCAAAUAGACCUUUUUGAAGUAACUUGUCCUAUGGUGCGGUUAAGGGAUUUUAUGUGCAAAGCAGUAUGUAUUGUCUUUUCAGGUUAUGUCCACCAGGAACAUGUUUUAUCUUAGGUAAGAGCAUGUAACCAAUGAAUGUGCACGGGCCCUGGUAUUUUCAGUCUGUAACACUAAGAAGAUGCUAAGGUUUUGGCACCUUUCUGAUGAAUGCAAAGGGAAAAGUGCUUCAGACGGGCUCCUGGUGCACACAUUUGCACUUGGUGUGUUCUCAGGUAUUUUCUAAGGGUUGAAAAGGACUUUUGUUUACUUUUUACAGUUUGUUUGAUCUGUUACAUUGAGCCAUUUGUUCUCAAUUUUUAAGUAUCAUCUGAAUUAGAUCCCAUUUUAAAAUUAUUUCAGAUAUCACAGUUAACAACUUUAUGCAGUAGUCACCUGUCUGGUGACUGAUGGCAUUUUCUUAGCAGAAGUAGCAUCAUCUCAAAUGAAGUUGGAAUGCACUUGUGCCUUAUUACUUUAUCUUAAACGAGGUCAGACAAUUCAGGACUGUAGCCUCAUUCUCUCCAGAAAAGAUUCAUUUCGUUGCUGUUUUUAUCAUUUAAUCAUUAGUGUCUAUAAAGAGAGUAAAAGGGACUGUGCUGAGAGGGUAAUUAUUGUAAACUUUCAGUCUGGAAACAUUCCAGAAAUAUGUCUUAAAUCAGUUGUCAUGUAAUGUAAAUACUUAAUCAUAAACAUCUGUGUUCAGAUCAGG